AUGUCUACUACUACCGUUCCCACCACCGUCACCACAGAAAAGGCCAUCCCUCCCCCAUCAGGAAUGCGCAAGAAUGGCAAAAACUGGCAUGACACUAAGAAGGCGUUCCGCCCAACCGCUGGCCUGACAUCUUAUGCCAAACGUCAGGAGCUCCGCAAGCACCAGGAGGCGGUCAAGGAGCGUGAACGGGAGAUGAAGGAGGAAAAGGAAGCCGAGCGACAGGCCCACAUUCAACGCAUCAAGGACCGCCGUGCUGCAAAGGAGGAAAAGGCCCGAUUCGAGAAAAUGGCCGAGAAAAUGCACAAGAAACGGGUCGAGCGACUCAAGCGCCGCGAGAAGCGCAACAAGCUGCUCAGUUCUUAG